CCGGGGCAAACCCAUCAAACUCCACUUCCAACAUCAGCCUUGUCUUUAUAAAGUUUCUCUUCCCUCAAUCUCAUUCCCUUCUUCUCAUCGGCUGCUUCAAGAUGGUUGACAAGAUCACUCCCACUGAUCCUAGGAUCCAAUUCAAAACCGCCAACCUCAAUGGCGUCACAUACGGCUACAUCCUCGCUGAACCACAAGAGAAAGCUGUAGAUACUAUCUUCCUCGUCCAUGGAUGGCCGGAUUUGGCUUUGGGAUGGCGAUACCAAAUUCCCCUCCUCCUCUCCCUAAACCUCCGCGUCGUAGUCCCCAACAUGAUGGGCUACUCCGGGACCGACGCCCCUGACUCCCCCACUUACUACACCUUCAAGCGCGCCGCCGACGACAUCGCCGCUCUCGCCUCCCAUCUUUCCCUCUCCACCAUCAUCCUCGGCGGCCACGACUGGGGCGGAGCCGUCGUCUUCCGCGUCGCCUUGCACCACCCCACCCUGAUAACCGCAAUCUUCACAAUCUGCUCGCCCUUCGCGCCCCCGCGCUCCACGUACAUCCCGGUCUCCACCCUCCCAAACUUCAAAUACCAAAUCCAUCUCGCCUCCGGCGAAGUCGAGACCAUCAUUAUAGGCGAGGCGAAAAUCAGGGAGUUCUUAAAUGGGAUGUAUGGCGGGAGGACAGUGAGCAAGAAGCCGAUGUUUAGCGUUACCGAGGGCGUGCAUUUUGAGAAUCUAGAGGGCAUUGGACCCUCCCCUCUCUUGUCGAAGGACGAAAUGGAUUUUUACGUGAAGGAGUAUAGUAGGAAUGGAAUUCACGGCCCCCUGAACUGGUACAGGACUGACAAGCUGAAUUUCGAGGAUGAGAAGAGCUUGGCGGGUUUUUGGGAGGAAGGGGGGAAAUUGGAGAUCCCGGUGCUGUAUGUGGCGGGCACGAAAGAUAUUGCGCUGCCGCCAAGUUUGGGGGCGAAGAUGGGGAGGUUUUGUAGUGAUUUGAGGAAGGAGGAGGUUGAGGCGGGACAUUGGGCGCUUUGGGAGAAGCCGGAGGAGGUUAAUAAGUUUGUCGGGGAGUGGUUGAGAGAUGUUGUGCUUAAGGGGAAGACGGGGACUAAAAGUGUUUUGUAGGUUAGGAGAUAUGAAUGUCGCUUGUUGUCUCGUAUUUUCUCUUGAGUUUAUGGCGCCAUUGGAUAGUUCCAGGUAUUCUCAGUCUUUGUUUGCAAUCUUUGAUAGUAUUCAAGUUUUUAUGUGCAACAGGAAAGGAAAGUUUGGCGGAAUAGAUGCACAAAGACUUUAGAAGAGGAAUUAAAGACGAUUCCUGAAGGAAGUAUUCCUCGAAUGAAGGUAAUCGGAUUUAAUAAUUUUGUCUCAUUUCCAAAAUAAUAGAUAUUUCCC